AUGGACAACUUAGGAAUUUCCAACAAGUGCUGUAGCACUCUUACCAAUUCUGCUGCUGAUAAUGUAGACGAUGUUUCAAGCAUACAUAAAAAUUCAGCUCAAGUGGAGAAGAACACGAUUUGUGAAGUUGAAAAAAAGGGUUCCUUUUGUGAAAAUAGCAAAGGGGGGGAAAUCCAAUGUACGUUUGAAAAGAAUAAGAUCUCAAAUGGAGGUCCACGAAAAGAAGACACAACUGGUGAAGAAAAAAAGUCUGAAUUAAUUACAAAUCGUGAAGAAAAACAAACGAAUGGAUUGUCAACAAGUAGAGAUGAUAACACAUUCGAACUAACUUCACCUCAUUCUUUACAUAGAAUCGACAGUGCGAGGGCAGCAAAACAUCAUGAGAUAAGUGAUGAAAAGGAGGCAUAUCUUUACAUAAGCGAACAUCUAAGAAUAAAAAAAAACAAUGAAAUUUUCAUAAGUGCUCCUUUAAAUGAUUAUAUUAACGAACAUUUAAAUUUCUUCAUUUCAUGCGAUGAGGAUUUUUUUCGAAAUAAAGACAACAAGGCAGAGAGGUUCAUGGAAAUUGGGCUGCGACUCAAGUAUUUGAGAUACAAAGAUAGGAUGAAAAGAAAGAAAAGAAUGAACAGAAUGAACAGGGUUAAGAAAAAUAAAAAUAGUAACAAAUCGGGGGCGAAAGGUGGCCAAGUGUGUGAGAAAUCCACUAUCACAGUUGAAGAUGAUAAGUGUGAAAAGUUAAUGAAGAAAAUCAAAACCCCUUUGGAGAAAAUUGACCAGGACUCUCAAACUUUGUCUUCUUCUUCUUCUUCUUCUUCUUCUUCUUCACUUUCCUCUCACUCCUCUGACAGCAGCAGUCUAUUUUCCUACUCGUCAGAAGAGGAAGGAAAUUUGACCGAUAGCCCAUACACAUCAGAUGAAGAAAUUUUAAAGGAACUGAAAUUUGAUAAAGAGGAAUUAGGUUUAAUGAAAAAACUGGAAAAGGCAAAGAAUGUAUAUUUUGGAUAUGUGAGUAACAUGUAUGUACAAUAUAACAUAUUCAAAUGCUUCAACAUGAAAUAUUUUGAACUAGUGAAAAAAACAGCACAGAAAAUAUCUACGAGCAUGAAAAACUAUAAACGCUUGUACGAUGAAUCUACAAAUGCAAUGCAACUAUUUUUAGAAAAUGAAGAAAAUGUAAAGAGAAUUGAACUAUGUCAGAAGAGGCUAAGAUCUGAUGUUGUUAAUUCUAUGUUUGGUUUUCACAUAAUAAAUGAUACUCAUCCAAUGAAGGUCCCUAUAAAAUGCAUCAAUCGAUUGGGUGCAGAAACCAAGUUGAUCUCGGACAUGAACAGUUCUACCAGUUUGGCUUCAAACACAUUUACGUGUAAGUCUCUUCAGAGUAGGAAACGUGUGGAAACGAUUCCAUAUUGGACAGUUCAGAAGUCUAUCAAUAGUAGUAACAUAUAUGAUCAUAACAGAAAAAUUUCCCCAAGUGAGGACCAAGGAGAUAACAAAACGAGGAAAAGAAAAGGGAUUAUAGGAAAAUCUAACCCUGCGAAAGUGCAAGACUGUAAAGAGACAAUAGACGUAGGAUGUAAAAAUUAUUUAGAGGAAUUUAUAAAAAAUGUAAAAGAAAAUUCCAAAUUUCACAACAAAAUGAGUAGUAUAAAACAGUAUAUUUUAAUGUCUAAUUGGAGUGAAUUGAAAAAGCAUUGCAUUAACAUUCAUAUGUUAUCUGAAAAAAGAAAACGAAAUGCAAGUGUGAUUGCAAAUUUAUGUUAUGAAGAAAUGAAAUUAAUUGAAGAGAAGAAAAAAAUAAUACUUGAGAGAGAAGAGAAGGAGAGGAUGAGGCUACUGAAAGAAAAUGACAUGGAUGCAUACAUAAAAUUGUUAAAAAAUACAAAAAAUAAGCGCUUACAAGAACUUUUAGAUGUUACUGAAGAAUUUUUAAAUAACAUGUCUUCUUCUCUACUUUGUCAAAAGAAAGAAACUGCAUCUGAAAUGAUGGUUCCCAACGGAGAAGCAGUCGAUACGCACCAAAUGGGUUCUACAUCUCAUUAUGAAAAGGAAAAAAAUAUACUUAAAUCAAAUUAUAAGCAUGCACGAGAUAGGUAUAUUUAUCUCUCUCAUUCGGUUAAGGAAAAAAUCACACAGCCCUCUAUCUUGGUUGGUGGUACACUCAUGAAAUAUCAGUUGGAAGGAUUGGAAUGGCUAAUAUCUUUAUACAAUAAUAAUUUACAUGGAAUAUUGGCAGAUGAGAUGGGGUUGGGGAAAACCAUUCAGACGAUAAGCCUGUUCGCAUACUUGAAGGAGUUUAAGUGGGGUACAAGCGGGGUGAGUGGAAUGAACGAGAUGACCGAGAUGAGUGGAAUGAGCAGAAUGAGCAGAAUGAGCAGAAUGAAUGAGGUGCAUCGUGUACCUAUUAGAAUGACCGAACCUAGAGAGAGAAACGGACACAACAUUAGAUGGAAUAUGAGUCAGCCGAAGAACCUGGUUAUAGUACCAUUGUCAACGCUUCCAAAUUGGAUAAGCGAAUUCAAGACAUGGUGUCCAUCGUUGAAAGUGAUUACUUACAGAGGAAACAAAUGUGAGAGAAAGGGGCUAUCAAAACAGCUAGUUGAAUCAGAAUUUGAUAUUUGCCUUACGACAUUCGAUUUUGUCAUAAAAGAAAAGACAUUACUAAUGAAAAUUUUUUGGAUGUAUAUAGUAAUAGAUGAAGGACAUAGAAUGAAAAAUAGUAAAUCAAAACUUCACAACAUAUUAGCUGAAUUUAAAAGUAAACACAGAAUAUUAUUAACAGGAACUCCACUUCAAAAUAAUUUAUCAGAAUUAUGGUCUUUACUUAAUUUCCUUUUGCCAAAAAUAUUUUCUUCCUGCAUAGAUUUUGAGAAAUGGUUUAUACGUCCAUUGAAUAAUGAUAAGGAUAUGCAAGAGGUUGAAAUAACGGAAGAGGAAGAAUUAUUAAUAAUCAACAGAUUACAUAGUGUUUUACUACCAUUUAUGCUAAGAAGGGUAAAGAAAGAUGUGUUAAAAUCAUUGCCAAAAAAAUAUGAAUAUAACAUACACAUAGAUUUAUCCCUAUAUCAGAAAAUGUUAUACAAAAAAAUUGAAUUCAAAGGGUUUAAGAUGGUAAAUCAAAACGGAUCUAUCACAUCUAUGUAUACUCAAAACAUUGUUAUGCAACUGAGAAAGGUUGUCAACCAUCCUUAUUUAUUCCUUCCUGAAUAUGAUAUAGAUGAUUAUAUAAUUAAGAGUAGCGGAAAAUUUGAAGUUCUAGAUAGAAUGUUGCCUAAGUUAUUAAAAUUUAGACAUAAAAUAUUGAUUUUUUCUCAAAUGACUAAAUUAAUGGAUAUCAUGUGUGAUUAUUUAGAUUAUCGAGGUCAUCUGUAUCAUAGAUUAGAUGGAAGCAUAGGAUUACAUGAACGUAAGAAAAUUAUAGAUGAAUUUAAUUCUGUAAAGAAUGAACUAAGUUGUGAUGUAACUUCCCAAGGGAUGGAACCUAUAAAUUUUCAAAAGAAUAAUAAAAAUAAUAUUCAGAUGAUACCUUCAAACGAACCUAAUGGUGGUUCCUCAGAAACAAUGAUAUUCAUCCUUUCUACUAGAUCUGGAAGUCUCGGGCUCAAUUUACAAACUGCUGAUACAGUAAUCAUCUUCGACAGUGAUUUUAAUCCACAUCAAGAUAUACAAGCUAUGUGUAGAUGUCAUAGAAUUGGACAAAAAAAUGUGGUCAAAGUUUUCAGAUUCAUCACAUUAUCAGGAGUAGAAGAACUCAUUUUCAAAAAGGCAAAAUACAAAUUAAGUAUUAAUGACAAAGUCAUACAGGCUGGAUUAUUUAACAAAAUUUACAAUGAUGAAGAUCGAAAAAACAAGUUAAAAAACAUCUUUCAAAGGAAUCAAAAAUCUCAAAUUUCGAAUCACUCAACCAAUCCCCUACUACUUAAUUAUUAUAUGCACAGAUCAGAGGACGAGCUCAACUAUUUUAUGAAUUUUGAUAAAAAUUACUUCGGUCAGGCUUACUACUCCCAUUUGCAAUCCUUGAAUAAGGCCACUACGGAUGCAGAGCAGUUUACCUACAUGAGCGAGGAUGAUGAGGUGGAAAAUGGGGAGGAGGUAAAUGAGGAGGAGGUAAAUGGGGAGGAGGUAAAUGGGGAGGAGGUAAAUGGGGAGGAGGUAAAUGAGGAGGAGGUAAAUGGGGAGGAGGUAAAUGAGGAGGAGGUAAAUGGGGAGGAGGUAAAUGGGGAGGAGGUUAAGGGCGGAGGGGACACAUGGGAAGACGAGCGCAGCUCCAUUUUGAAGGAAGAAAAUCAAAAUGAAAUUGAAAAAAUUCUUAUAAGAAGUAAUAAGCUAAUAAAUAUGGAUGAACUACCAUCCUACUUAUUUUUCGACGAGGAGAAGGAAGCCACAGAAGUUCCUUUCAAGAGGACGAGGAAGAAAAUUAAUGUUCACUUAAUGGACGAGGAAAACCUGCCCAAUUGGGAGUUUAUGCAGCUCAUUGGAGAGGUGGAAAAUGGUGAAAUGGUACGUGGUGAAAUGGCAACUUGUGAAGUGGCAACUGGUGAAAUGGCAACUGGUGAAGUGGAAACUGGUGAAGUGGCAACUGGUGAAAUGGCAACUUGUGAAAUGGCAACUGGUGAAAUGGCAACUGGUGAAAUGGCAACUGGUGAAGUGGAAACUGGUGAAGUGGCAACUGGUGAAAUGGCAACUGGUGAAGUGGAAACUGGUGAAGUGGCAACUGGUGAAAUGGCAACUUGUGAAAUGGCAACUGGUGAAAUGGCAACUGGUGAAAUGGCAACUGGUGAAGUGGAAACUGGUGAAGUGGCAAAUGGUGAAAUGGCAACUUGUGAAGUGGUAAGUGGGGCCACACCAAAUGAUGAUGUGAUUGAUGGAGACGUGUUGGGAGAGGGGGUCCCAAAUGGACGAGACACACUUGCUGCUGAACACGUAGGAGAAUGGACUGGUGAGAACAACAACACAUACAUGCGUAAGAGCUUGGAUGAAAUGCAACAGAAAUGCAAUAUCAGGAAUGCCCUAGGGGACGAAGACAGAUGUGUGUCUCCUCCACAAAGAGGAAAAAGGAAAUCCAACAACUCAGUUGAAUUGAGAUCACAUGAGGAUGAGGAGAAAGGGGAAAAAAAAAAGGAACAUAGGUGUAAAAAAAAAAAAAAAAAAGAAAAACAUUAG